AUGGUCGCCAGAACAGCCUCUAAAAAGCGCAAGGCGGUGACUCGCGAUGUGGAGGAGGAGGCCGGAGUAUUCUCCGGUGAUGAAUUGAGUUCAGAGAACCUCGAUGGCGCUCUGUCAGAUAACGACAAUGAUCUUUCUGAGGGCGAGGACGACAGCGGCUCCGAAGGCGACUCCGAAGUCGAGUUGAUUGACGAUUUCAGCGACGAAGAAGAGGAUGAGGAUGAAUUGGACAGCGAUGAAAUUCCCUCGGACGUUGAGGAGCAGCCGAAACUAUCCUCCAAGAACCUCGACGAGCCCAAUGUUCGCAUCGUGAAAGACGCCAAUGGAAACGAACGCUACCUGUACGACGAAAUCAACCCGGACGACAACUCAGACUACUCCGAAGCCGAAGAAAACGCCAACACUAUCGGUGAUAUUCCUCUGACAUUCUACGACCAGUACCCUCACAUUGGUUACAACAUCAAUGGAAAGAAGAUUAUGCGCCCGGCUAAGGGUGAAGCGCUGGAUGCCCUGCUCGACAGCAUUGAGAUCCCCAAGGGCUGGACCGGUCUGACUGAUCCUUCCACUGGAAAGCCAUUGAACCUGAGCCAGGAUGAAUUGGAGCUGUUGAAGAAGGUGCAGAUGAACGAAAUAACCAGCGAGGGCUUUGACCAGUAUGAGCCAUUGGUGGAAUACUUCUCUAGCCAGAAGGAGAUCAUGCCUCUGAGUGCUGCUCCUGAGCCCAAGCGCCGAUUCGUUCCAUCCAAGCACGAAGCCAAGCGUGUGAUGAAGAUUGUGAAGGCCAUCCGUGAGGGCCGCAUUCUUCCUUACAAGGCCCCCGAGGACCGCGAGGAUCAGGAUGAAGAGCUGGUUAACUACGACUUGUGGGCUGACGAGGCUGAGCGACCGGAUCACCCUAUGCACAUCCCAGCGCCCAAACUGCCUCCGCCUGGCUACGAAGAGAGUUACCACCCACCUCAAGAAUAUCUUCCCGAUAAGAAGGAGCGUAAGGAGUGGGAGCAGACUGACCCUGAAGAUCGUGAGAAGGACUUCUUGCCCAAUGACUACGGUUCUCUUCGUCGGGUUCCUGGUUACGACAACUUUGUUCAGGAGAAGUUUGAGCGCUGUCUGGAUCUCUACCUUGCACCCCGUGUGCGCCGCAGCAAGUUGAACAUCGACCCCGAGAGCUUGCUUCCUAAGCUUCCCAGCCCCGAAGAACUCAAGCCCUUCCCUACAACAUGUGCGACAGUCUUCCGUGGUCACAAGGGCCGUGUUCGCUCGCUCGCUGUGGACCCAACUGGAAUCUGGCUUGCAACUGGUGGUGAUGAUGGUACCGUUCGCGUUUGGGAACUCCUGACUGGUCGUCAACUCUGGAGCGUCAAGGUCAGCGAUGAGGACGCUGUGAAUGUCGUCCGCUGGCGCCCUGGUAAGGAUGCUAUCGUUCUUGCCAUUGCCUCUGGAGACGAUAUUUUCCUUGCCGUGCCCCCGAUUGCCGACCCCGAGAUUGAGAAGAACAGUCUGGAUCUUCUUGAUGCCGGUUGGGGUUACGCUGCCUCCGCCCCUGCCCCCGUUGGCGCCGAAGCAAACAAGGUCAACAAGCCUGUCCAAUGGAUCCGACCCUCGUCUGCUCUCGCCGAAGCCGGUGUUUGCGUUGUUAUUCCUCUCCGCUACGUGCCCAAGUCUAUCUCUUGGCACCGCCGUGGUGACUACUUCGUCAGUGUCUGCUCAGGCGCCUCGACCCCAGCCUCAGUCGCCAUCUCCAUCCACACUCUCUCCAAGCACCUCACCCAGUUCCCCUUCCGCCGCCGUCUCAAGGGUGGUGGUCCCCCACAGACCGCCCACUUCCACCCCUCAAAACCCAUUCUCUUCGUGGCCAACCAGCGCUCCAUCCGUGCCUAUGAUCUUUCACGACAACUGCUGGUCAAGAUCCUGCAGCCCGGUGCGCGCUGGAUCUCCUCUUUCGAUAUCCACCCCACUUCCUCUACUGCCUCCGGUGGCGACAACAUAAUUGUUGGUUCCUACGACCGUCGCCUGCUCUGGCACGAUCUCGACCUCUCGCAGCGUCCUUACAAGACUCUCCGUUAUCACCGCAAGGCUAUCCGUGCCGUCAAGUUCCACCCUGGUGGUCGCUACCCGCUCUUCGCUGAUGCUAGUGAUGAUGGUUCUUUGCAGAUCUUCCACGGUAGCGUUACGGGUGAUAUGCUCAGCAAUGCUACUAUUGUUCCUCUUAAGGUGCUUAAGGGUCACAAGAUUACUGGCGAGCUGGGUGUUUUGGAUAUCGACUGGCACCCUCGUGAAGCCUGGUGUGUUAGUGCCGGUGCCGAUGGUACAUGUCGCUUGUGGAUGUAA